AUGAAGGUUUACAGGUUACUUGUUUUUAUAGAGGGACCGGAUAAGGAAGACGAAGGAUCGUCUAUGCUUACGGUGUCGUUAUAUGUAAAGAAACUUGUGGAUGAUGAGGUGGUGAAGGUGAAAGGGUUUGCGAAAGACAGCAAUGUUGCUUUCCGUGAAAGGCUUAAGAUCGUGGCUGGACUUGUUAACCCUGAGGAUCUAGCUCUAGGCUCGACUGAAAAGAAGCUUGUACAUGCUUACAAUGAAAAGCCAGUCCUCUCUCGUCCUCAACACAACUUCUUUAAGAUUUGCUUUUUUUAUCUCUCCACAGGGUCAAACUACUUUGAGAUUGAUUUGGAUGUCCAUCGAUUCAGCUACAUAUCACGUAAAGGACUUGAAGCAUUCAGAGAGCGGCUGAAGAAUGGAAUUCUUGAUCUCGGCUUAGCCAUCCAGGCUCAAAAACCAGAAGAGCUGCCUGAACAAGUCUUGUGUUGUCUGAGGCUGAGCCAGAUUGACUUUGUUGACCGUGGUCAAAUCCCAAUGCUACUAAUCCCUGAGGAAGGGGAAACUCUGGUGUAA